AUGCAGCCAUCAGAAACAACUCGUAUUGAAAUAAAUAUUUCUGAAUUUUCUCGUGGUGAAGUAACUGUCAAACUUCGACGUGAUAAUACACUGCUUGUACAUGCACUACAUCUUGAUCAAUUUGCAACAGACAAUUUUUUCCGUAAAGAAUUAGUUAAAACAUUUCCUAUACCUCUCGGUGCUGAUGUUGAUAAAAUACGUUCUGUUAUUCGAAAUACAGGUAUAUUAACUAUUGAUAUACCUAUGUUAAGAGUUAACGACGCUAUAAAACAUUUACAUGAAGAAUUAUUAGAAACAGUGGAUCAACCAGUAAGACAAACCACUCGAUCAUAUUCGUGUGGCGACGUGUUGAAGUCAAAUCUGCAGACAACACGACGACCACCACCAAUAACAGUGCCGAAACAAACAGGUAGUCUUGGUGAUAUUGAAUAUCGUCAAUCUCUUGAAACUUCUUCUAAAUUUAAUAUAGCAAAUUUUUUACAAUCAGAUUUUCAUCCAACAUUUACGCCAAAUGGAAAAAAAAUCAUAUUAAAAAUCGAUACACGUGGAUAUGAAGCCGAUGAACUAUCUGUACGUUUAGUUGAUUAUACUCUAUUAGUACAAGGACGAAAAAAGUUUAUCCUUCAUACAAUAAAGAAUGAAGAUAAACAAUUUAGUCAAUGCAUUCGUUUACCAGACGGUAUUGAUAAAUAUAAUGUUUCAUCGCACGUUAUGGAAAAUGGAGUACUUGUUAUUGAUAUACCGUUACUUAAUUCAGUGCUGUAUUAA